AUGGAAGCGGUUCUUGCCAGCGGUUCAACAAUUGGAAUGGAGGGGCUGGGAAGAACUACACUUGUUCCAGAAAGUGAUUGGUUGUCAAUUAAAGAAUAUGGUACCGAAGAUAUGAAGCCAAUACUAUGGAGUUAUGAUCACUUUCCUUCUCAUUUGAAACGGUGUUUUUCCUAUUGCUCAAUCUUUCCCAAGGGUUACGUGAUUAAUAGAGAAACACUAAUCCAAUUGUGGAUGGCUGAGGGAUUCAUUCCUGAUGAACGAGGCACAAGAUCGAAAGAAGACAUUGGAAACGAAUAUUUUGAGAGUUUGUUGUCGUGCAAAUUUUUCGUUGGUGUAGAGAGGAACGAAGUAGGUAACAUAAAUACAUGUACGAUGCAUGAUCAUGUUCACGAUCUUGCGCAAGCUGUUGUUGGGGAUAAUGAAUGCAUAUCUCUUAAUCUAAGUGACUUAACCAGCGUUUCCGAAAUUCAUCGGUUACGGUUAACACUUGAUGAAGAUUUCUUUCCAACAUCUGCACUAAGUGAUGCAAAGAAGCUGCGCACAAUUAUCAUCCUUAAAUCAGGCAAUGAUUUGGAUCUCCAGAGUUUCAGAAGCAAUGACCAGUUACGUGUUUUAUAUUUGCGUGGUUUGGGUGCACACUUGUCAGAGUUAUCAAACUGGAGUAGCGAAUUCAAGCAAUUGAGGUACCUUAAUAUCACCUCUUUUAAUCUUAGUAAGGUGACGAAUGAUAUAUCCAUCCAUGAACUAUAUUAUUUGGAAACGUUGGUAUUACGUGGGUGUCGUAACUUUCUAAAUGUUCUUAGGGGUGUGGGAUCUUUGGAAAAUCUAAGAAACCUUGAUCUCUCAUAUACUGGUAUCGAUAAACUACCUGACUCUGUCACCAGUCUCUGUAAUUUGCAGAGGUUGGAUCUCAAUAACUGCACUUUCUUAACAACAUUUCCCAACUCCAUCACUCGUCUGAAUUAUCUAAAAUUUCUUGAUAUAUCUUGUACACCUAUCGAAAAACUACCGGGUUUCAUCUCUAGCCUUCACAAUCUGCAGAUAUUAGACGUCCAUAACUGUCCAAAAUUAAAAUCCUUAGCUGAGAGUGUGGAAGGUCUUGAUAGUCUGAGGGAAUUUGUUUUCAUAGAUCGUCCACAAUUAGAAGUAUUACCAGAAGAUUUUGGAGCAUUAAGUCAGUUAAGAUACCUUAACGUAACUGGGCGUAACGUGAAAGUAUUACCCAAGUCAUGUGAUAAGCUCAGCAAUCUUGAAAUUGUGGAUCUUUCCGAUUUGUGA